GGCCUGGCUCCUUUUCCUCGCUAUCAGUGAGCAGGUUCGCCUAUAAUGGAUUCCUUGACACUAUACGUGUCCGUGCUGGCGUUACCGUUGGGACUGCUGGCCUUGCGCACUGUGUACCAUGUGUACUUCCAUCCGCUGUCCAAGUUCCCCGGUCCAAAACUCGCUGCUGCAACCUUUCUCUACGAGUUCUAUUACGAUGUGAUCAAAAGCGGCAUGUACAUCUGGGAGAUCGAGCGCAUGCACGAGAAAUAUGGCCCAAUCGUGCGCAUCAAUCCACGAGAAAUACACAUCAGAGACUCAGCAUACUACGACGAAAUCCACGCUGGCGGCUCGCGCAAACGCUCCAAGGACCCCAAAUACGCCAUAGCCUUCGGCGCGCCCAACUCCCUCGUAGGAACAAUAACCCACGACCACCACCGCUUCCGCCGCAGCCUGCUGAGCAACUACUUCUCCAAGCGCUCGGUGGUAGAACUCGGCCCGUCCAUCCACGAUAAAGUCGACAAGCUAAUCGCGCGCUUCGAGCAAGCCCACCAAGCCGGCGACGUGCUGCACCUGGAACUAGACUUCGCCGCGCUGACCGCAGAUGUCAUUACCGACUACUGCUACGGCUGGAGCUACGGGUACCUGGACGGCGAGAAGGGGUCGCGGAGCAACGACCUCGUCGACGCUGUUAACGGGCUGAUGGUUAUGUUCCACAUUAACCGGUUCUUCCCGUUCCUUAUUUCUAUUUUUAGGAAUGCGCCGCCGAACCUGCUGCGCUGGCUGCAGCCACAGAUGGCGGAUUUAUUUGAUGUGAAGGCGAGGCUGAGACAGCAGGCUGAUGAUACUUUGCAGAAGCAGGGUCUGAGGAAGGUUGAUUCUGAGGCGAGGUUGACUAUAUUUGAUGCGUUGACGAGUCUGGAGGUGCCUGAAAAAGAGAGGACGCUUGAUCGCCUGGAGGAUGAGUCUGCGCUGUUGCUUGGCGCUGGUACGGAGACUACGGCUAGGUCUAUUACUGUCGCGAUGUUUUAUCUCAUCCACAAUAAGGACAUCAUGGCGAAGCUGCGCGCGGAGUUGAGGAAUGUGCUGGUGACACCGCUGUCCAAGGCUUCGUUGGUUGAUUUGGAACAAUUGCCAUACUUGACGGGUGUCGUCAAUGAAGGUCUGCGUCUCAGUCACGGCAUGACAUCCCGGUUGGCCCGUGUUUCACCGACCGAACCCAUGCUCUACCAGAAUUGGGUUAUCCCUGCAGGGACUCCGGUCAGUCAGUCGAACUACUUCGUCCAUAUGGAUCCCACGCUUUUCCCCGAGCCGGAGAGAUUUGACCCGGAGCGUUGGAUCCGCGCGGCAGAGAAGGGGGAGUAUCUGAGUCGGUAUAUUGUCUCAUUUACCAAGGGGAGCAGACAAUGUCUGGGAAUGAAUCUUGCCUAUGCGGAGAUCUACUUAUCUUUGGCACAUAUCGCUCGUCGCUUCGAGUUUGCGCUGUAUGAGACUACUAUUGAUAAUAUCUGUGUUUAUCGUGAUAUGGGUAUUGGAUGUCCGGAGGUUGGUUUGUUUGGUGUUAAGGCUACGGUGGAGGGUCUUGUGGAGGAGUAAGGUUGUGUUACUGUAGGGUGAGUAAUUUUCCUCUAUGAUGAUGAUCGUGAUGAUUAUGAGGUUGGAUGAGAGUUGAGCUUGUACUUUUGUCGUGAUUUUUGACGUGCGUGUUGGUUAUGCAGGUAUCCGUGUUGUGGGGUACGUUUCACUUGAUAUCUACUCGAGGUACUGCACGGCUGGAUGAUGACGGAUAUUUCAUUCUAGUCGUUUUGAAUGUGUUCAAUUACGAUCUAAUGAAUGCACUUGCGAAGAUAGUUAUUGUAUCGACUCAACGCCUUUUGCCUUGGUGAAAAAUUAUAUAUACGUCUGGGGGCUAAGCAAUAACCUCUCUGGUACAUGACGGAUGCGAGCCAAUAUCUAAUGUUUAAGACGAAUAUAUAUCCAUAGUUAUGGACCCAUCAC